CAACAUCAUUAAACCCCCAACAAGAAGCCAUGAAGAUGAUUGACUUAAGCACCAACCCACGAAACCCUCUCCAAAUCAUAGACACAACCACAUCCGUGGACUGCACCAAAGACGUACGUUUCCGGCGCUCAUUCCGUUCCUUAAUGGAAUGCAUGAUCCCCACCUGCUGCGCCUUCCAACCCUCCCCGGUCUCCUCCGACUCUGACACCGAGUCUGUUAACGUCUCCUCGACCAUCACUGGCACAUUCUUCGGCCACCGCCGAGGCCGUGUCAGCUUUUGCCUCCAAGACGACACACGCAACUCACCUCUUCUCCUCCUUGACUUUGCCAUCCCCACCGCCCAUCUCGCCCGCGAAAUGCGCCACGGCCUUCUCCGCAUCGCUCUCGAGUGUGACCGUGCCAGCACUCGGUCUCAGACUAACUCCCUUUUCUCCGUGCCUGUCUGGUCCAUGUACUGCAAUGGCAGGAAGGUUGGGUUUGCAGUGAGGAGGCAGAUGAAUGACAGUGAUGUUGCUGUGUUUAAGCUCAUGCAGAAAGUCUCGGUUGGUGCUGGUGUUCUUGAGGGUGAUGUUAUGUAUUUGAGGGCCAGCUUUGAGCGUGUUAUUGGUUCUAUGGAUUCAGAGUCUUUUCAUAUGAUUAAUCCUGUUGGAAGCUCUGGCCAGGAGCUCAGUGUGUUCUUUUUGAGAUCUUAGUAUUUAUGUACAUAUAUUGUUUUAUAUAAUUUCCUUUUUUCUUAAUUUC